CAACAACAAACCAGAGGAGGGCUUAAAAGAACUCAGAAAAGCUGCAUGCUGGAAUAGAAUGGAGAAUGCUGGAGACACCCUAACCAUGGAGGAAACGGCUACCUAUCUGACCCCAAAACGACUUGAGGAAACUGUUUCCACGGUCCUGCUGCAGAGGGGAAGCACAGUCGUCAAGAAGAGAGUGGGGUCAGGAUCAAAACACAUUUAGUGUGACUUACGGAAAGAAAACAUUUUCCCUCUUUGAACCUCUCUGGAUACAGUCAUUUUGCCUCUACUUGAGGAUCAACUGUUCAACCUCAAUGGCCUUUCAGGACCUUCUGAGUCACGCUGGUGACCUGUGGAGAUUCCAGAUCCUUCAGACUGUUUUUCUCUCAAUCUUCGCUGUUGCUACAUACCUUCAUUUUAUGCUGGAGAACUUCACUGCAUUCACACCUGGCCAUCGCUGCUGGGUCCACAUCCUGGACAAUGACACUGUCUCUGACAAUGACACUGGGACCCUCAGCCAGGAUGCACUCUUGAGAAUCUCCAUCCCACUGGACUCAAACAUGAGGCCAGAGAAGUGUCGUCGCUUUGUUCAUCCCCAGUGGCAGCUCCUUCAUCUGAAUGGGACCUUCCCCAACACAAGUGAUGCAGACAUGGAGCCCUGUGUGGAUGGCUGGGUGUACGACAGAAGCUCCUUCUCGUCCACCAUCGUGACUGAGUGGGAUCUGGUAUGUGACUCUCAAUCACUGACUUCAGUGGCUAAAUUUGUAUUCAUGGCUGGAAUGAUGGUGGGAGGCAUCCUAGGCGGUCAUUUAUCAGACAGGUUUGGGAGAAGGUUCGUGCUCAGAUGGUGUUACCUCCAGGUCGCCAUUGUUGGCACCUGUGCAGCCUUGGCUCCCACCUUCCUCAUUUACUGCUCACUACGCUUCUUGUCUGGGAUUGCUGCAAUGAGCCUCAUAACAAAUACUAUUAUGUUAAUAGCCGAGUGGGCAACACACAGAUUCCAGGCCAUGGGAAUUACACUGGGAAUGUGUCCUUCUGGUAUUGCAUUUAUGACCCUGGCAGGCCUGGCUUUUGCCAUUCGAGACUGGCAUAUCCUCCAGCUGGUGGUGUCUGUACCAUACUUUGUGAUCUUUCUGACCUCAAGUUGGCUGCUAGAGUCUGCUCGGUGGCUCAUUAUCAACAAUAAACCAGAGGAAGGCUUAAAGGAACUUAGAAAAGCUGCACACAGGAGUGGAAUGAAGAAUGCCAGAGACACCCUAACCCUGGAGAUUUUGAAAUCCACCAUGAAAAAAGAACUGGAGGCAGCACAAAAAAAAAAACCUUCUCUGUGUGAAAUGCUCCACAUGCCCAACAUAUGUAAAAGGAUCUCCCUCCUGUCCUUUACGAGAUUUGCAAACUUUAUGGCCUAUUUUGGCCUUAAUCUCCAUGUCCAGCAUCUGGGGAACAAUGUUUUCCUGUUGCAGACUCUCUUUGGUGCAGUCAUCCUCCUGGCCAACUGUGUUGCACCUUGGGCACUGAAAUACAUGAACCGUCGAGCAAGCCAGAUGCUUCUCAUGUUCCUACUGGCAAUCUGCCUUCUGGCCAUCAUAUUUGUGCCACAAGAAAUGCAGACGCUGCGUGAGGUUUUGGCAACGCUGGGCUUAGGAGCGUCUGCUCUUGCCAAUACCCUUGCUUUUGCCCAUGGAAAUGAAGUAAUUCCCACCAUAAUCAGGGCAAGAGCUAUGGGGAUCAAUGCAACCUUUGCUAAUAUAGCAGGAGCCCUGGCUCCCCUCAUGAUGAUCCUAAGUGUGUAUUCUCCACCCCUGCCCUGGAUCAUCUAUGGAGUCUUCCCCUUCAUCUCUGGCUUUGCUUUCCUCCUCCUUCCUGAAACCAGGAACAAGCCUCUGUUUGACACCAUCCAGGAUGAGAAAAAUGAGAGAAAAGACCCCAGAGAACCAAAGCAAGAGGAUCCCAGAGUGGAAGUGACGCAGUUUUAAGGAAUUCCGGGAGCUGACUGCCGAUCAAUGAGCCAGAUGAAGGGAACAAUCAGGACUAUUCCUAGAUACUAGCAAAAUCUAGAAAAUAAAAAACAAGGCUGGGUGCGGUGGCUCACGCCUGUAAUCCCAGCACCUUGGGAGGCUGAGGCGGGCAGAUCAUGAGGUCAGGAGAUCAAGACCACCCUGGCCAACAUGGUGAAACCCUGUCUCUACUAAAACAAAUACAAAACUUCGCUGGGCACAGUGGCAUAGGCCUUUAAUUCCAGCUACUUGGGAGGCUGAGGCAGGAGAAUUACUUGAACCCAGGAGGUGGAAAUUGCAAUGAGCCAAGAUUGGGCCACUGCACUCCAGCCUGGUGACAGAGCGAGACUGUCUCAAAAAAAAAAAAAAAGAAAGAAAGAAAGAAAGAAAGAAAAGAAAAGAAAUAACAAGAUAUAGUGAGUAAGUAGAUUCACUUCACAAUUGUGGUACUAAAUAACUAAAUAUAAGCUAUCUACAUAUAAUAGUAAGAAAAAGUUUGAAGAAAAUUAUAUAACACUUUAAAAUCAAUCAUAAUAGACUAUUUAUGUAGUUAUAGGUCCCUAGCAAGUUUCUGGAUAGGAAGAUUGAAUACUAUUAAACACAAUGUGUCUUCUUCAAUUAUUUGAUAGACUAACUGGUGGGAUAAUUACAAUGAAAAAUCUGCUACUUUUACAAAAACUUUAAAAUAAAUUCAAAUUUAUCUAGGAAUUAAUAGUAGACAUUUGGUUCAGAAAAAAGAAGAUCAGGGAGUGAAAAUGUAGCUGUCAGGUAAGUGGGGUAGCAUGCACAGAAUUUUAUCAUAAGUUGUAAUAUUCAUAACAUUAUUAGCAGAUGCAUUUACAAAACAAAGAAAUUCAAAAGUAGACUUUAGUAUGUAUAACAUUUAAUGUGUAACAAUUUCAGCAUUGUACAUUCUUAGAGGAAACACCUAAUUAUGGAAUAAAUAGCAUUAGCCAACUAAUCAGAAAUAAAUGACUAACAAUUCAACUUUAUAUCCUGUAUUAGUCAGGGUUCUCUAAAGCAAGAGAAAUAAUAGAAUAUAUGUGUAUAUAAAAGUGAGUUUAUUAGGAGAAUUGACUCACACAGUCACAGGAUGAAGUCCCACACUAGGCAAUUUGCAAGCUGAGGAGCCAGGAAGCCAGUCCAAGUCCCAAAACCCCAAAAGUAGGGAAGCCGACCAUAUAGCCUUCAGUCUGUGGCCAAAAGCCUGAGAGCCCCUGACAAAUCACUGGUGUGAGUCCAAGAGUUCAAAAGCUAAGGAACCUGAAGUCGGAUGUUUGAGGGCAGGAAGUAUCCAGCAUGGGAGAAAGAUGAAGGCUGAAAGACUCAGCAAGUCUGCCCUUUCCAUCUUCUUCUGCCUGCUUUAUUCUAGCUGCACUGGCAGCUGACUAGAUGGUGCCCACCCAGAUUGAGGGUGGGUCUGCCUCUCCCAGUCCACUGACUCAAAUGUUAAUCUCCUUUGGCAACACCCUCACAGACACACCCAGGAACUAUACUUUGCAUCCUUCAAUCCAAUCAAGUUGACACUCAAUAUUAACCAUCACAUUUCCUAAACCAAUAUACCAAUUAUUGAUUAUGAUUAUGACAAUCAUUUCACAUUGUAUACAUACGUGUAUCAUCACACUGUACAUCUCAAAUAUAUGCAAGUUUUAUUUGUCAAUCAUACUUCAGUAUAGCUGAGAACAAGUUAAAUGGAACAAAUAAACCAUGCUUUCAAAGGAGCCUUGGCUACCAAAAUUCAAAAAAGAAAAACAUGUUAUUAAUAGGAAAGUAAAUUCCAAAUAAAUGUAUAUAUACUUGACUACGCAUUUAAGCCUUCUGUGAAGAAAACCCAAGAAAUUAUGGGAGAAAGCUAUAAAAAUAUACAACAAAAUGAUUAAAAACAUUAAAUUUUCAUGGUAGACCUCAAAGUUAUUUAACUUUCUUCUUUGUAAGUGUAUUCUAAGUUGAAGCAAGGAAUAUGCAACAGCUUAAAAUUUUAUAAAUUCUAUAAUUUUUUCACAGAAUUAGGAAAAACAAUUUUAAAAAUCACAUGGAACCAAAAAAACAGCCUGCAUAGCCAAAGCAAUACUAAGCAAAAGGAAUAAAUUGGAGGCAUCACAUUAUCCAACUUCAAAUUAUACCACAAGUCUAUAGUAACCAAAACAGCAUGGUACUUGUAUAAAAGUAGACACAUAGACCAAAGGAACAGAAUAGAGAACCCAGAAAUAGAGCCCCAUACUUACAACCAACCUAUCUUCAACAAAGCAUACAAAAACAUAAAUAGGGGAAAGAACAUCCUGUUCAAUAAAUGGUGCAGGGAAAACUGGAUAGCCACAUAUAGAAGAAUAAAACUGAAUCCCUAUCUCUUGCCAUCUACAAAAAUCAACUCAAGAUGGAUCAAAGACUUAAAUUUAAGUCCUAAAAAUUCUAGAAGAAAAUCUAGCAAAAACAUUUCUGGACAUUGGUCUGGGCAAAGAAUUUAUGUCUGAGACCCCAAAAGCAAAUGCAACAAAAACAAAAAUAAAUAAAUAGGAUCUAAUUAAAUUUAAAAAAUUCUUCACAACAAAAGAAAUAAUCAGAAGAGUAAACAGACAACCCACAGUGUAGGAGACAAUAUUCACAAAUCAUCAUCUUACAAAGGACUAAUAUCCAGAAUCUACAAGGAACUCAAAUCAGCAAGAAAAAAACAAUCUCCUCCAAAAGUGGGUAGGACAUGAAUAGAUAAUUCUCAAAAGAAGAUGUACAAACAGCCAACAAACAUAUGAAAAAAUGCUUAAGUGCAAGAAGGGCGAUUAAAAUGUCAAAAAAAAUAGAUGUUGGCAUGUAUGUGUUGAAACGGGAAUACUUAUACACUGUUGUAUCCUCUCUGGAACACAGUAUGAAGAUUUUUCAAAGAAUUAAGAGUAGUAGAGAAAAUAGCGGAUGUACCAUUCAAUCCCGCAAUCCCACUGCUCGGUAUCUACCUGUAUUAGUCUGUUCUCACACUGCUAUAAAGAACUGCCCGAGACUGAAUAAUUUAUAAAGGAAAGAGGUUUAAUUGACUCACAGUUCUGCAUGACUGGGGAGGCCUCAGGAAACUUACAAUCAUGGCAGAAGGGGAACCAAAUACUUCCUUCUUCAAAUGAUGGCAGGAAGGAGAAGAAUGAGUGCUGAGCAAAGGAGGAUGCCCCUUAUGAAAUCAUCAGAUCUUGUGAGAACUUAGUCACUAUCACAGAAACCGCAGCACGGGAGUAACUGCCCCCAUGAUUCAGUUACCUCCCACCGGGUCCCUCCCAUGAUACAUGGCGAUUAUGGGAACUACAAUUCAAGAUGAGAUUUGGGUGGGGACACAGCCAAACCAUAACACUACCCAAAGGAAAAGAAGCCAUUAUUAAAAAAAAAAAAAAACCUGCAUGCAUGUUUAUUGCAGCACAAUUCACAAUUGCAAAAAUAUGGAACCAACCUAAGUGCCCAGCCACCAAUCAGUGGAUAAAUAAAAUGUGGUACAUAUACAUCAUGGAAUACUACUCAGCCAUAAAAAGAAACAAAAUAAUGUCUUUUGCAGCAACUUAGAUUGGCUGGAGGCCAUUAUUCUAAGUGAAGUAACUCAGGAAUGGAAAACCAAAUAUUGUACGUUCUCACUUAUAAGUGGGAGCUAAGCUACAGGUAUACAAAACACAUGGAGUGGUAUAAUGGACAUUAGAUACUCAGAAGGGGAGGGGAAAAAACCCUACAUAUUGGGUACAAUAUACACUACUUAGGUGAUGGAUGCACUAAAACCUCCAACUUUACCAGUAUACAAUUCAUCCAUAUAACCAAAAACCACUUGUACCCCAAAAGCUAUUGAAAUAAAAAAUAUACAUAUAUUUAAAAUUCAGAUGACAUCCACUCAGAAAAAAAUUAUAAAUUAUUGUUAUAUUUUAAAUUAUAAAAUACAAGAUAAAUUUUAGAAGACAUACAUAUUUAGAUUUCUUAUGUCUAUGAAAAAAGAAUACAUGAUUCAAUAUACUAUUGGGGAACACCAAGAACAUAUAAUUUUCAAAGGACUAAAGUCACAUGACUAAACAUUUAUGAAAAAGUGUGCAAGCCUAUUGGAAAUAGAAUAGCAUAAAAGGUCCAGAAAUAAAUCCAAGCAUAUAUGGCCAACUAAUUUUGGACAGGGACACCAGAAAGACACAAUUGAAAAAGGGUACCCUCUUCAAUAAACAGUGCUAGAAAAAAAUUGUAUUUCCACAUGUAAAGGAAUAAAAUCGAAUCCUUAUCUUACACCAUAUACAAAAAUCAACUUAAAAUGAAUAAAAGACCUACAUGUAAGACCAUAAAACUCUUGGAAUAAAACGUAGGAGAAAGAAGAGAACAUAGCUCCUUGACAUUGGCCUUGGCAACAAUUCCAUUCCUCGGAUAAUACACUAAAAGGUCACGCUACAAAAGCAAAUAUAAAUAGAUAGGACUACAUUAAGCCAAAAUGUUUCUGCACAGCAAAGGAAACAACAAAAUGAAAAGGCAACCUAUGGAUUGGAAAUAUUUGCAAACUAUAUAUCUGAUAAGAGGUUAAUAUCCAAAAUUUAUGUAAAAACUUACACAACUCAUUAGUAAGAAAAUAUAUAAUUCAAUAAUAAAUGGACAAAAUGCCUGAAUAGAUAUUUCUCCAAAGUUGACAUAAAAAUGGCCAACAGGUAUAGGACAAGGUGCUCAACAUCACUAUUCAUGAGGACAGAAUAAUGCAAAUCAAAACUACUAUGAGAUGUCACCUUAUAUUCCUUAAAAUAGCUAUUAUUUAAAAGGUGAGUUAACAAGUAUCGUCAAGAGCAUGUACUUUGGCAUUGUUGGUGGAAUGUAAAUUGCUGCAGCCAUUAGGGAAAACAUUAUAAAGGUACCAUGUAACAAAACUUCACAAGUAUCACCUGAACCUAAAAUAAAAGUUAAAAAGAAAAGAUUCCACCCCAAAAUUAAAGAUAGAACUACCAUGUGAUCCAGCAACCCCUCUUCUGGGUAUAUACCCAAAAGAAAUGAAAGUACCACCUUGUAAAAACAUCUGCACUCCCAUUUUCAUUGAAGCAUUAUGCACAAUUACCAAGAUACAGAAACAAUCUAGGUGUCCAUCAACAGAUGAAUGAAAAAGGAAACUGUAAUGUUUACACACACACACACACACACACACACACACGAGUAAUAUUAUUCAGCCUUUAAAAAGGAGAUAUUCAAUUGUACCCUAAAUCUCAGCAUCACACAAUAUAUCCAGGUAACAAAUCUGCACAUGUGCCCCCUAAAUCUAAAAUAAAAGUUGGAAUUAUAAAAAAAAAAUAAGAGGAGAUUCUGCCAUUUGCCACUACAUGGAUGUACCUGGAAAACAUUAGGCUAAAUAAAAUAAGCCAGACACAAAAAGGAAAACAUUGCAUGACCUCACUUAUAUGUGGGAAAAAGGUCAAAUAAAUGGAGAUAGAGAACAAAAUAGCAGUUACCAGAGACAAGAUGGGAAGGAGGAAAUGGGGAGAUGUAGGUCAAAGUACAAGAUAUGUAGGAUAAACAAGGCUAAAGAGCUCAUGUACAACAUGAAGACUAUAGUUGAUAAUAGAGUAUAGAAUUCAGAAUUUUUGCUAAAUGACUAAAUUAUAGAUGUUCUUGCCACAGAGUGAAAACUAAGUUAACUAUAUGAGGUGAUAGAUAUGUUAAUUUGCUUCACCAUGGUGACUAUUUUAUACACACACACACACACACACACACACACACACACAUAUAACUCUCAUAGCAUUAUGUUGUAUACCUUAAAUAUACAUAAUUAAAUUUAUUUUUAAAAAGAAGAGAAAACUCAUAACAUGAAAAAAAUUAUUAGGUCAUCAUGUAAUAGCAACUAAGCAGUAUGCUAGAAGCUCUGAAUGCACAGAAGAAAUGAAAAAAAGACAUCACACAGAUUUCAUAGAUAUGAGUAUUUGUCUGCAAAUAUAGAUGUAACAUUGCAUUUUAGUUGCUACCAGUAACAAAAUUUCAAUUUAAAUUCCAUCUUGCCUCUGGGUUGGCAAAAAAAAAAAAAAAAAUGCAAAUAAGUUAUUUUGAGGAAUUAUUUCCACAAAUCUUUCACAUCAAAGUUAUCUAGACUCCACAGACACAUGCAGAGUGUGUCAAGAAAUAAAGUAGUAAUAAUGGAAGAUUGCACUCAUUAUCAGUUAUCCACUUAGAGGUUAUCAUGUAACUACUGAGCCUGCACACACUCAGUGCUGAAACUCUACCAUUCCCAUCACAAUGAGGCAUUGAAAUGGGGAUUCUGGUGUGGCCACUCACCUCCAUUUGCAACCACACUGUUAGGAGUUCUCUGAUUCCAUGGAGUAUCCUAAAGGUAAGUACCGGAUUCUGGUUCCCCCAGGACCCAGAGACACUCCUCCACCCUCACCCUUCCCAAAUACUCAACUUAUUUUGAUAAACUCUUUAGCUCUUGCACAGACCCUCUAGUUACACUGUCAAUUUAGCUUUUGAAAAAAAUAGUCUUUAAGACUUCUUUUGCUUAUCAGCUUCAAAACACCUUCCAAGGGAUCAAAAAGUAAAGACAUGACAACCCGCAGGAAUGUGGGAAAGAGGAUAUUCCAGGAAAUCAUCCAUAAUGGAUAUCAUGAGUUUAUCCAGUCUCAUUCUUGUGCCUAAUGAAAUGUUUGAUAGCCCAUUAUGAUGAAGACUGAAAUGUAUGAUAGCCCAUUAUGAUGAAGACUACAUGGCAUCCGUUUCUGUGCAUCACCCCAGAAGAUAGUGGUCAGUUCAUAAACACGAUGUUUCAUGGAAGAGAAUUUCCCACAGGUCUUCAUGAGUCUUUAAAGCUACAGACCAGUGCUUGUGGCCCAACAGAUAAUAUUUUUACUGGAGAAGUCUAGUGAGCACAACUGUAAAAAAAAUCUACUAUGGUGGGGUGAGUGAACGGGUUUCCUUUCCAUUUGACUUGGAGUAACAGAAGCAUUCUUCAAAGACCUAUUUAAUAUUUUGCAGUGAUUAUCAUUUUGAAAUAGGAUUAUCAGUGAACAUCUGUAACUCACUCUUUGUUGUCCAGUGUUUCCUGAACGGAAUUUUGUAAAAAGAAAAAAAAUCAGAGAACUAAUGAAUACAUUUGAAAUCAUUGAGGAAAUGCUGGAAAUUAGGGCUAAUUAUCUUUCCUAAUUGUGGUAAAGGAGCUUCUUCCUGGACAUGGAUAUUCAUAGCCUGUUAUCCAAACCCUCCUGAGCCAUGUAGCUAUAGAUAUUUUUUGAAAGUCAUGUGCUAUAAAUCAUGAUUCUAAUAAUUAGCUGGAUAUAAUACCAUGGAAUCCAGUCUUAAUUUUGUAAAGAACAGUACAUAAAACAAGUGCAGCUAAAGAAACACAAAUACCACAAGAUCUAACUUAUUUGUGGAAUCUAAAAACUUCAAACUCAGAAGUGUGCUGCCAGUAAGGUGGCAGAAUAAGAAGUCAUCCACUUGUAUCCCCCAAAAACAACAAGAAUUCUGUACCUGUCAACAGAGAAAAAGCCUCUUUACAGGAGCUGGGGACUGAGGUUGAAGUCUGUGAAACCCCAGUGGAGCCCAAGACUUUGAAAAGUCAUUUUAAGAGUGCAGGCCCACACCCAGAUGGCAGGCCUACCAAUCAUGCUCCUGCAUUGAAAGUUUGAAAGAGCCUCAUUUCCCAAAGGGCUUAGCUACAGCCUUGUAUGGCCUUGACCCUGGAACCAAAACUAUCUGCCAAAGCCUCCAGGAGGAAUCACAACAAUAUCUGGGCAAAAAGGUUUGACUGCCCACCAACAUUGGUCUCAGCAGUGGACUGGAAAUUUACCCUAUAAAAGCUACAGUUCCCCUCAACUGUGGUCACAGAUUGACACUGCUUGCACAAGGCCUCAGAAAGAGCUCUCAUGUGUGACACCAGGACAGGCUUGAAAGCCUCUGUUCCACAGCACAGUCUAAAUGGGCUCUAUCUUUCAGCCCAGGCAUUAUCUUGCCCAAGCAGAGAAUGGCUGGGAGUCACCCAUCUGAGCCUCCAUAACGGGCUUACUAGGUUCCAUCUCAUUGCAGAGCCUGAAGGAGCCAAUCUCAGCUCAAAUCCAUUGGUGCCACAGCCAGGGAAUUAUCUGACCUGUACAAGGAACAGCUGGGAGACAUGCCCAUCUGAACAACUGGGACAGGCUUGCCAGCAUCUGUUCCAUAGCAGGUCCUCAAGGGGCCAGGUCUUAGACCCAGCCCCUCUUGCUGCAAUGAGGGAAUAAUCCCAAAGGCACAGGGAUCUGCUGGGAAACUCACCCCAUCUGAGCCUCUCUGACAGACUUAUCAGACUGUGUCUCACAGAAAUUCUUGAAGGGGCACAGUCUCAGCUUCAGCCUCUUACUGCCAUAGCCAGAAAACUAUCCCACCUAUGCAGGGAACUGCUGGGAAAUGCACCUAUCUGAAGUAACAGGACAGGGUUUCUAGCUUCCAUCCCAUAGCAGAUCCUAAAAGGGUCAAAUGUCAGCUCCAGCACCUGUCACUGCAGUCAGGUAACUAUCCUACCUGUGCUGGGAACUGCUUAGAUAUGUGCCCGUCUGAGCCACCAGAAGAGGCUUGUGAUGCAUCCUCUUUCUCACAGAAGAUUCUUAAAAGGCCCAGUCUCAGCUCCAGCCCUUUUCUGCAACAGCCUGGAAACUAUCCUACCUGUGCAGUGAACUUCUGGGAGAUGCUGUCGUCCAAGACACCAGCACAGGCUUGCCAUCCUCUGUCCCACAGUAGGACAUGAAGAGGCCUUAGUGCUACACUAGAUCAAGCACUUAUGAAUCUAGUGACCAUGACAAACAGCAUGCUCAGAGUUGCUGGAUAGACCUCUUGUACAAGAACUGUCACAGAGAAAUCCAGACUGUGAACACUAAAAUAAAUACCUAUUUCUUCAAUGAAUAGACAUUGAUGCACAACCACAAGGAUCAAAAACAAUCAAAGAUAAAUGAUGUCAGAAGAUGGCAGAAUAGGAACAGCUCCGAUCUACAGCUCCCAGCGUGAGGGACGCAGAAGACGGGUGAUUUCUGCAUUUCCAUCUCAGGUACCGGGUUCAUCUCACUAGGGAGUGCCAGAGAGUGGGUGCAGGACAAUGGGUGCAGCACACCGUGUGGGAGCCAAAGCAGGGCGAGGCAUUGCCUCACUCGGGAAGCACAAGGGGUCAGGGAGUUCCCUUUCCUAGUCAAAGAAAAGGGUGACAGACGGCACCUGGAGAAUCAGGUCACUCCCACCCUAAUACUGCACAUUUCCAGCGGGCUUAAGGAACAGCACACCAGGAGAUUGUAUCCCGCACCUGGCUCGGAGGGUCCUGAGCCCACAGAGUAUCGCUGAUUGCUAGCACAGUAGUCUGAGAUCAAACUGCAAGGCAGCAGUGAGGCUGGGGGAAGGGCACCUGCCAUUGCCCAGGCUUGCUUAGGUAAACAAAGCAGCCAGGAAGCUCGAACUGGGUGGAGCCCACAACAGCUCAAGGAGGCCUGCCUGCCUCUGUAGGCUCCACUUCUGGGGGCAGGACAGAGACAAACAAAAAGACAGCAGUAACCUCUGCAGACUUAAAUGUCCCUGUCUGACAGCUUCGAAGAGAGUAGUGGUUCUCCCAGCACGCAGCUGGGGAUCUGAGAAUGGGCAGACUGCCUCCUCAAGUGGGUCCCUGACCCCCGAGCAGCCUAACUGGAAGACACCCCCCAGUAGGGGCAGACUGACACCUCGCACGGCCGGAUACUCCUCUGACACAAAACUUCCAGAGGACCGAUCAGGCAGCAGCAUUUGCAGUUCAUGAAAAUCCACAGUUCUGCAGCCACCACUGCUGAUACCCAGGCAAACAGGGUCUGGAGUGGACCUCUAGCAAACUCCAACAGACCUGCAGCUGAGGGUCCUGUCUGUUAGAAGGAAAACUAACAAACAGAAAGGACAUCCACACCAAAAACCCAUCUGUAUGUCACCAUCAUCAAAGACCAAAAGUAGAUAAAACCACAAAGAUGGGGAAAAAACAGCAGAAAAACUGGAAACUCUAAAAAGCAGAGCACCUCUCCUCCUCCAAAGGUUCGCAGUUCCUCACCAGCAACAGAACAAAGCUGGAUGGAGAAUGACUUUGACGAGUUGAGAGAAGAAGGCUUCAGACAAUCAAACUACUCCGAGCUACAGGAGGAAAUUCAAACCAAUGGUAAAGAAGUUAAAAACUUAGAAAAAAAAUUAGACAAAUGUAUAACUAGAAUAACCAAUGUAGAGAAGUGCUUAAAGGGGCUGAUGGAGCUGAAAGCCAAGGCACGAGAACUACAUGAAGAAUGCAGAAGCCUCAGGAGCUGAUGCGAUCAACUGGAAGAAAGGGUAUCAGUGAUGGAAGAUGAAAUGAAUGAAAUGAAGUGAGAAGAGAAGUUUAGAGAAAAAAGAAUAAA